AUGUCUGCGACUUCCAGUCUCGACCGAAUACCCUCCAGCGGACACCUGGACGCCCAGCACGAAGGUGCCACCGACACGAUGUCUACGAAACGCUCGGCUCGUGCGCGUCGGGAAGUCAAUAAAGAAGUCGACAUCCCCGACUCCUCGCCCUCCCGCCCCGCAAAGAAAAGAAAGAAGGAGAAGGUUGUUGAGGAACCCGUCGAGAAGGAUGCCACCCCAGAACCGAUCGCCGCCCCGGAGCCAGAGCCCCUCCCCACCGACCGGGCUGGCAUCCCUAUGGACGACGAUAAAUUGAUCGAAGCCGUCGUACCCUUCCUCCUCAUGCCCGAACGUAUGGUUCAAGUCGCGGAGGACCAUUCCAACGAGAAGUUCAAGGAGAGCGAGAACCAACAAGUCACCGCUUAUGCAAAGCUGGCCGGCAAGGACUGGUCUUUCUAUGUAACAAUGGUCAAGAUUGUGCUUGGCCGACCUCCCGAGGGCGAGAGCUCGGUUCCUGCUGGUACUCUGAACGGCGCCGACGAGACGAAGUCUGCUAAGGAGAUUGGGGUGCACAUUGACCUUGGUCCGAACAAGGUUGUUUCUCGAUCGCACGCCGAGAUUUACUUCGACUCGGAUUCCGAAAGCUGGUGGUUGCUCGUCUGCGGCCGCAAUGGCGUCAAGAUUGAUGAUAAAGCCUACCGCCGUGGUGAGCGCAAAGUCCUGGUCAAUGGAGAGGUCAUAGAGAUUGGUGGUGUCGAGAUGAUGUGGGUCAUGCCGACUGCCAACGGCUCCCUUCGGGUCCACGACAAAUUCCUACAGAGAGCUGGCCUGAUCCAAGCCGCGGACGACGACAAGACCCAGGACGGUUCGAUGGGCUCGGCUUCCUCUGGUCACUUCCAAAUGCCGAAUGGUCAACUGGCCAUCGCUCCGGCUCCAUAUGGCUAUCGCCGCCCAGGCACUCCAACAAUGUUCGGAGGCAAGAUGCCGUAUUUAGCAGGGAAGUCUCCCGGAUACUAUGGUGGCACAAUGCUCAUGGAACCCAAAGAAACCAACUACAGUCUAGAACAAAACUCGCACAUGAAGCCAUUGUUCAGCUAUUCCCAACUCAUCAGCCAGGCCAUCCUCGACGCCGAAGGCGAGAAACUCACCCUCGCGGGAAUUUAUAACUUCAUCACUGACAGGUACGCUUAUUACCGCGCGCAAGUACCCAGCGGAUGGCAGAACUCUAUUCGUCACAACCUGUCUCUGAACAAGGCAUUCGGCAAGGUCGCCCGCGAGACUGAUGAACCCGGUAAAGGCAUGAAGUGGCAUAUUGUCCCUGAAAUGUACGAAGAGAUGGUCAGAACCUGUUGGCGCGGUGGCCGGGGUGGACAUCGAGGCUCGCCAGGCACUGGCUCGCCAGCUGCCUUCAGUGGUGCUAGAAAGGAUCCCACCCAAAAGACGAAGCGCUCUCCACCUUCUGGUUCGCCUGCCUUGAGUUCGUACCCAUCGACCGGCCCCCAAAUGACACCCGAUCGAGGAGGACCACAACUACCGCGGCCUGCAGAGGAGGAUGUUCCAGGCGACGGCAGCCCACUUCCACGACACAAGAGGCCGGCAGGAAAUUCGUUCGGUCUUUCGGACAACGCGCCUGGAAGUCCAACUCUCUCCUCGUCAAUGGUGCAUGAAGACUCGUUCGUAACCCCUGCCCCCCAUCGUGUUCAUCCCCGUCUUGCUCCUCCAAGCACAGCUCAGAGGCCGAGUCAACAUAUGCCAACAAGUUCUCCAGCGCCGUUUUGGAAAUACGCGGACAUCGGCAGCACACCCAUGAGGGCUCCGGCAUUCGACCUGAGUCCAGUUAAAGGCUCUGCCGGACCUCUUCUCCCUCCAAGCAGCAGUCCUGCUCCUGUCCGUAGAGUCUCCGCCGCUAGUCCCACCCGAAAUAGUAUGCCUGUGAAGCAAGAUAUACCCGAAGAUCUCGAGGAUGACGAGGAUCAAGGCUUUGAUCUUGCUCGAGGAUUCCAGAGCAUCAGUUCUUUUCACGCGCCUGCUCCCACUGUCGCUGGCACUGGUCGUCCCUGA